AACCCAAACCGAAACAAGGAAAAACUUCAAAAACCCCCCAAAACCCAGAGAGAGCAGACAGCAAUGGAGUCCGAGAAACCAAGUUUCGAACCAUUUCGGCUCUUCGCAUCAUCAGGGUCAGGAUUAUUUGACCAAUCAGAGCCCCCUCUUCCUCCUCCACCUCCUUGCGUCGAAGUGCUUCCCUCGCAGAUUUCGCAGUCUGUGAAGUACACUGUGGAGCCAGUAGAAUUGGGUGGACUUACAUUGCUCAAGGGCCGAGUUAGUACUCAACAUGUUUUUACACUGUCCAACUCCGAUUUAGUUCCGGGGAAAUAUGAAGGGGGACUAAAGCUAUGGGAGGGUUCACUUGAUCUAGUAAAAGCUCUUAGCUCUGAAGUUCAAAAUGGACAUCUAUCAUUUGCCGGUAGACGAGUUUUAGAGCCUAAUGUCCUAGCUUGGAAUAGUCAACUGUCAAUUAGAAAAACAAUGCUUGGCUGUGGUCAUGGACUUCCCGGUAUCUUUGCCUGCCUUGAGGGUGCAGCUGCUAUUCAUUUCCAAGACUUCAAUGCUGAGGUCCUGCAAUGUCUCACAAUACCCAAUGUAAAUGCAAAUGUUCCAAGCUUCCAACCCCCAGCAUUGCAAGAGACAACGUGUGAUAAGGGGGCGGAAAUUCGUUUUUUUGCUGGGGACUGGCGUGAAGUCCAUAACCAUCUUCCCUAUGCACAAAACACUGAGAAGGAUGUUAAUGUUAGUUCAGGGCAAAACCCGGAUGCUCAAUAUGAUAUUAUUUUAAUGGCAGAGACAGUUUACUCAAUCUCCACUCUCCAGCAUCUCUAUGAACUCAUAAAGAAGUGCAUCACUCGUCCUCAUGGAGUAGUCUACUUGGCAGCCAAGAAGCAUUAUUUUGGAGUAGGAGGGGGAACUCGAAGGUUCCUAUCAGUGGUGGAGAAAGAUGGUGUUCUGGUUUCCAGCAUGGUCGCUGAAGUUGCAGAUGGCUCGUCUAAUGUCCGAGAGGUGUGGAAGCUUUCAUUUAAGUAGGCUUGGUGUUCAUGUCAAUCCAACGCUACCCUUUUUUCUGUCUUUUGUUUUCAGUCUCCUUCCCUAGUGGAAAAUCUGGUCGCUUACCUCCUAUAUAUAGAAAUUAAUUUAAAAAUUGUAAGUCUAUAUUGAAGACAACAAGAAUGUAGAGCACAUUUUGGUUAGUACUUAUUAGAUAAUUUUGUUGCCUUUAUCCUCA